GACACAGGCUGGAUUAAGAGUCGUGUGAGAGAGCAGACUAACCUUAGCAGGUAAAGCAAUAAACCUGCUUUUCGUAUGAAGUAUAGAAACGUGCAUGGGUGAUAGUAGUGGCUAUCGCUAUUUGUGGAUCUGUGAAGAUGGAUGCUGUGAAGCGGUGGAAGGCAGGAUGGGGCUAUCCCACAACUAUGCUGUGCGUCUAUGGGUUCUUCAGUACUGUGAAACCUCUCGUACCCUUCAUCUACCCUUACCUGACUGGUCCAGACAAAAACCUGACGGUGGAACAGGUGACCAACGAGAUCUACCCUGUGUGGACAUACUCCUACCUGGCUGUGAUGGUGCCAGUCUUUCUGCUCACCGAUUGGCUGCGCUACAAGCCCGUCGUGGUGUUUCAGUGCAUCAACCUCUUCAUAACCUGGGCGAUGAUGCUAUUGGUGCAGGAGGUGGCAUUCUUUAAGGCGAUGCAGUUCUUCUACGGCGUGAAGUCGGCCUGUGAGGUGGCCUACUUCUCAUACAUCUACAGCAUAGUGGACCUGAAAUACUAUCGAAAGGCUACAUCCUACUGCCGUAGUGUACAGCUGCUAGGCUACACGGUGGGCUCUGUGCUGGGACAGUUGCUGGUCAGUUUCAACCUCAUGUCCUACAACAACAUCCUGGUACUUACCCUGGUGUUGAUCUCCAUCGCCCUGGUGACUUCCCUCUUCCUGCCCAUGCCACAGAGAAGCAUGUUCUUCCAUCGGAGUCAAAGUGACCCUCCACAGACCCCAGAAGGAGGGGACAUGUGCGCAGGCGAUGUGUCCACUGAGGGGCCAGUGAGGGCUAGGGGCUGCAGCCAGGUAUUUUUGCUGCUGUGGAGAGACUUUCUCCAGUGCUACUCAACCAGGGCACUGCUGUACUGGUCAUUAUGGUGGGUACUGGCUACCUGCGGCUACAACCAGGCAAUUAACUAUGUACAGGUGUUAUGGGCACACGUACAGCCAUCCCAGAAAGUCCAAGUCUACAACGGAGGGGUGGAAGCUGUGUCCAAUCUGUUUGGUGCAGCGACGGCCUAUGGCAUUGGUUUCAUCCAGGUGGACUGGGCCCAGUGGGGAGAGUUGUUCCUGGGCUCCAUCUCUGGCCUGGAUGCUGUAGCCCUGUUCAUCAUGACCUUCACUGACAACAUCUGGGUCUGCUAUGCCGGCUAUGUUGCCUUUAAGGGCCUCUACAUGCUGCUUAUCACAUUUGCCAUGUUCCAAAUUGCUACUGAUCUCUCUAUGGAGAGAUAUGCACUGAUCUUUGGAGCAAACAACUUUGGGGCUUUGGUCCUUCAGACUAUCAUCACAUCUGUUGUGGUGGAUGGCAGGGGGCUGGGCUUGGGCAUCAUCCCACAGUUCAUCAUUUAUGGAGGCUACUUCUCAGCCAUCGCUGUCAUUUUCUUUCUGAGAGGUGUGUACACGAUAAUGAGAGUGCAGCAAAGCCACAGAGACUCCACCACUGCAGAGGAGCAGCCUCCAAGCCCAACCACGUGUACACCACUGCAGAGGAGCAGCCUUCAAGCCCAACCACGUGUACACCACUGCAAGCUUGAACAUGCAGUGGAACAAAAAGAAGAACCCAAAGUAUAAGUGUUUUCAUCUGACCGGUUCUGACCAUAGACAUUCAUCUGUCCAAAACUGGGGGGGACUAGGUGUCUCACCAAACAUCUACUUUAAAUAGAAUGUCAUGCUGCUCUGUAUACUUGUAUUUAUAAUCAAAAUACAAAUGAAUGUUCCUCGGGUACAAACCACGGACAAUCUGAAAUGGUCCACCCACACAGACAGUGUGGUGUAGAAGGCACAAGAGGCCUCAAGAGGCUGAAGAAAUUUGACUUGGCACCAAAGACCUUCAUAAAGUUCUACACAUGCACCAUUGAGAACAUCCUGUCGGGCUGCAUCCCCGCCUGGCACGCUAACUGCACUGUCCACAACCGCAGGGCUCUCCAAAAGGUGGUGCAGUCUGCCAAAUGCAUCACCGGGGGCACACUGCCUGCCCUCUAGGACAUCUAUAGCACCCGGUGUCACAGGAAGGCAAAGAAGAUCAUCAAGGACCAAAGCUGGGACCAAGAGACUGAAAAACAUCUUAUAUCUCAAGGCCAUCAGACUGUUAAAUAGUCACCACUAGCCAGCCUCUGCACAGUACCCUGCCCUGAACUUUAGUCACUAUUUGAUCUCACACAUGUUUGUGACGUAGAAACAACACUUAUUCAAGCAGUUUUGUCCAGUGGGUACAUUUUGCAUAAGCAUGAUUUAGCCUACUCACACUACUCUAUAAGUAAACUAAAAAAGAUAAGGUGUA